AUGGAUGCCGUAAAAUGCAGCAAUUGUCCACAAGAGACUCGUCGCGAGGCACUGCAACACCUUAUGAAGAAACCUGCCGGUGGAAAGGUGGCUUUGAUAGUGGCAGUGACUUCAGGUGAUGACGAAGGAAGCAAUGCUUCUUCUUCAAGCCUAUUGGUUGUUGAGUCCGGUGCAGUUGCCCCUGUUCGCAAGCGGAAGAAGACAACCCUAGAUGGUUUCAUGGAUCAUCCAUUGAACGAUGACCAGAAAGCCCGCACUGACAUUAAACUUCUUCAGUUUUUCAUUCACGCGAACAUACCAUUCUAUGCUGGUGGUGAUUUCUAUUUUCACCAAUUUUUAAAUGAAAUUUGGCCCUCGUAUACAACACCAACACGCUAUGUAUUAUCUCACAGCCUUCUCAAUAGUGAAGCUGCAAGAGUCAAACUGGAAGAAGUUGAUAGACUGAAGGGCAGGAGACUACUCACUCUACUUCUUGAUGGAUGGGAAGAUAAGCUUAGGCGAAGUCUCUAUGGGUCCCUUGCUGCUGAAGUAAAACAACACCCCAUUAUCUUGGCUCUCGAAGAUAUGAUGGGAGUGCGAGGAACAGUAGAUAACCUUAUGGCCAUGUUGGAGAAAGCAAUGAAAGCAAUGGAGAUUGGAGAUGGGAAAAAAAUUGUGGCUGCAACUACCAACAAUCCGACUGUCAUGCAGUCAUUCCGUCAAAAGUUUCAAACUAAGUUCUAUUGGGUGCUCACUUUCGCAUGCUUCUUGCAUAGCAUGAAUACACUUCUUGGUCCUGAAGCCCAGAGGAGGGUAAAUGGUCAAACACCUGUUGCUGCGGACGUCAUCAAGACUGUCAUACAUACUCCAAACUACUGGAACUAUUUAGACCAAAUGGUGAGGACAACAAAGUUCAUCGUCAACACCAUUGGGAACAUCGAGAAUCGAGACUGCAACCUUGCAGAGUGCAUGCUCGAACUCAUUUGUUGUGCACACAAGAUGUCAACACUACAACUUGAUGAUGGCGAUGACAGCACCUUCUUCACUCAUGCAAAGUCAGUCUUUAACUGUCGGUUUCACUCAAUCAAUACAAAAUAUCAUACCCUUGCCCUAUUCCUCCACCCAAUGUGUCAUAAACUCGCUGUUACUCAGGCAGCGAGUGGCUGCCCUUUCGAAUUCAUGGUCAAAGUGGCAUUAGAAGUUGCCCUUCAGUGGAAGUGGAGUAAAGCGAAGGCUGACGUACUUGUCAUGGACCUGAAAGCUUAUAAUCUAUGUCAUUCACCAUUUGCCAGGGGCCAAGCAGAUGGACUCGCUUGGUGGGAGAAUCUCCCAAUCAACUCUGAAAUGCACCCACUCAAGGCUUUCGCAAUUAUCAUCCUGUCCAUUGUCCCACACACAGCUGAGGUUGAACGCCUGUUUUUGGACCUCGGCAUUGAUACAGAUGUUGCCAAGCAGCUCGAGACCGACUUUGCAUUUGUUCCUCCGCUCGCAGCAGUUUCUGGUGACACCAACUGCAAUCUCGAAGGUCCUGAAUCAAUUUCACUUGAUGACAUUGAUGCUGAGUUUGCUUGGCUCGAAGAUAUUCGCAAAGCAGAAAAAAUGAUUGACACAGAGUUUCUGUCAGACUGGGAUGUGGAUGGGAGGGAAGUUUUAGAAGGGAAUGCAUUCGACUUUGCAGAAUUGCAGUGUGUUGACGAGGGAUUAGUGCCUGCAGCAGUAGAGGAUGAGAUUAUGGUCACAGAUCAUGAUGUGAAUGAAGAUGGGACUUGGAAUAUUGACUCAAUGUUACUAUCAAGUGGUCUUACAUCAAUGUAG